AUGAUGACUUUCCCGCAUAUUUCCUGGAGUAUCCUACGGGCUCCGGUGGCCGGAAUGUUCGCGCUGGGUUAUGCUGCUGACAAUAUAGCUGUCUAUUACGGUUAUGGUACGAACAGUUCAACACAUUCACUGACGUACUCGACGGGUUCUGGAUCUGAGUCGUGCAUGAUCGCCGUUGGUCACUUCAACAACGAUAAUCGACUGGAUAUCGCUGUUGUGAAUUUCGAUGCAAACGAUAUUAUUGUACUUUUCGGAUACGAAAAUGGAUCCUCCGCAAACCAAACAGCGUUUUCAAUUGAAUCAUCCAGAGUUGUUUGGAUUCAAGCGACAGAUCUCAAAAAUGAUUCAAUAACAGAUUUAGCCACUGCUAAUUAUGCUACACGUAGUGUUAGUGUCAGUGCUAUUUUGGGAUAUGGUAAUGGAACUUUUUCCAAUCCAAGCACAUACUCGACAAGAUUUGAUUCUUUUCCUUUCAUGGUUGUUAGUGGAGAUUUCAAUGGGGACAAACGUAUGGAUCUUGCGAUUGCCAAUUUUGACACUAACAAUGCCGGUAUUAUGCUUGAAAAUGGUAAAGGUAUUUUUGGAACUCAAAAGCAACUUUCAACUGGUUCUAAUUCAUAUUCAUACUCUAUUGCCUUGAGUGAUUUAAACAACGAUUUCAUCUUAGAUAUCGUCGUUGCUAACUAUGAGAAUAAAAGUAUUGGCGUGUUUCUUGGGGAAAGGCAACGGAACAUUUACAAAUCAAAUGGUCUAUUUACUCAAUAG